CGGGCGGCCGGGCGGGGCUCGCGGUCGGUGUCCGCUCAGUCUCUGCUGCUGCGGUCCCAGUGAGCGUGUCCGGCCAUGGAGCAGCCGCGGAAGGCGGUGGUGGUGACCGGGUUUGGGCCUUUUGGGGAGCACACUGUGAAUGCCAGCUGGAUCGCUGUCCAGGAACUGGAGAAACUGGGCCUUGGGGACAGCGUGGACCUGCACGUGUAUGAAAUCCCUGUGGAAUACCAGACCGUGCAAAGGCUCAUCCCUGCGCUGUGGGAGAAGCACAGCCCCCAGCUCGUGGUACAUGUUGGGGUGUCAGGCAUGGCCACCACAGUGACGCUGGAGAAGUGUGGGCACAACAAGGGCUACAGAGGACUGGAUAAUUGCCGGUUCUGCCCCGGCUCCCAGUGCUGUGUGGAGGACGGCCCUGAGAGCAUCGACUCCAUCAUCGACAUGGACGCUGUGUGCAGAAGGGUGGCCAUGCUGGGGCUGGACGUGUCUGUCACCAUCUCCCAGGAUGCUGGCAGGUACCUGUGUGACUUCACCUACUACACCUCGCUCUACCAGGGCCGCGGUCGGUCAGCUUUUGUCCACGUGCCCCCUCUGGGCAAGCCCUACAAUGCCGACCAGCUAGGCCGGGCUCUGCGGGCCAUCAUCGAGGAGAUGCUGGGUGUCCUGGAGCAGGUGGAAGGGGACAUCAGCUGCUGUCACCAGCACUGACAGCCACACACACCCAGCGCUGUGAGAGGAGGUCCUGGCUUACACAUCCUCUCCUCACCAUGGUGGACUGCAAGGCAGUGGAUGAAGCUGUCUGGAUAUUGUCCUGUGUCUGGAGAUACAGCUGUCCCCAGAGGCCAAGGCUGGGACCAGGGCGAGAUGGCCACAGGCUGGUGGCCUGAACACCUGCCAUGCCGCUGCCUGACCCCAGCACACCCCGCUUUCCAGGGGCUGUGGACAGGAGUCAGAGGUCUCUCUGGUGGGGUCUCCCCAAGUGUCACAAAGGAAUUGGCUUGGCGCUAAUCCAUGUCCCUAAGCCCUGGAUGGUCCCCGGCAAAGCCACCUGCAACUUGGCUACCUUUUCUGUCCUCCUAUCCCCCUCAGUCUUUCCCUACUCUCUCUCCUCUCCCUUCCUCCCCCUCCUCCCCCCUCCAGUGCUAGAUUAGGGAACAGAAUAAUUUAUAUCCCCGUUGUUAAAACUUCAGGCUUAA